UACAUGCUGCAAAAAGGGAAGUUCGACUACUCUUUAGAUCCGUUGAGAAUCCGGCCACACCUGUGCAUUACGCUUUCUCACCAUGCUGGGGAAGAUGGCGGCAGCUGUUACAACUUUUGCAUGCCUGGUGGUGCUCAGCAACUUACAAGCUUACGAGGCCACAGAGGUGCUGCGCAGUCGGGUGAAUGGGAUUGUCCAUGGCACAGUGUAUCUAAACCCCAAACGGCCAGUCCCAAAAGAAUACAAGCAGAUCACCUGGCGGUUUAACGACACCCAAAAGAUCCUGAUUAAAAAACGGACUCAGACAACAGAGUCUUAUCCCAAUGACUAUUUUCGUUCUAAACUGCGUUACUACAAGAAUCACACCUUGGAAAUUAAGCAGCUGGAGAAGCAAGACAGCGGCACCUACCGGAUGCAAGUGGAAGACAGCCAAAGCCAGGAGACAAAUGAAUUAUUCCAACUGGACGUGUACGAUCCCAUCCCUAAGCCCAGUGUGAACAUCACUACCAGGGUCAACGAAGAUGGAUGGUGCAAUGUCACCCUGGAGUGCAUUGUGGCUGCCACCCAAGUGACCUACCGCUGGUACAGGGAUGAAAAGGAUUUAGUGGGCGAAAAUAGCAGCACACUGGACCAGGGCUGGCUCUAG